UGUUCUUGAGUUACUAAAUUGUUUAUCCGAAGACGAUAAACCCACCCCGUCAAGUCAACUUCACUUACCACACAAAGUAAUUUGCAAGUGCCAACGCUUCCCUCAUCCGUCGCCCUCUUUCUUUCUUCUGAUCCCAUCUAAUCUGCUUCACUUAGAUUCAACCAUGGCUGCAAAACUUUAUGGUGGAGCUUACCUCUCUCACUUUGUGGAUGCUGGUUUGGUCAAGCUGUCUUCAAUACUUGAAGAAGACGACUCGUUCCUCCAAAGGAAAGACUUGCUUGUAAGGUUGCAGGAUUGUCUCAAUGAUGUUAGAUCUGUUCUUGAUGAUGCUGAGCACAAACAGUUCACUGACGUGACAGUCAAGAAGUGGUAUGUUGAUCUCAAAGAUGCUCUGUAUUUGGCUGAUGACUUCCUCGAUGAGCUCAGAACUAAAGCUGUGAUAGCCGCCACUCAAAAGGAUCAAGGUAACUCUUUUUCCUGGUUUCGUCCUGUUGAUUCAUAUGUUGAAGAUAGUGAUGUCAGUGAGGACAUAGUUCGUAGAAUAGAGUCUCUUGUAGCACGCAAAAAUGUUCUUAGUCUGAAGGAAAGUGCCAAGGUGGACAUGUCAUCGAUAUUUCCAUCCACAUCUCUCGUUGAAACACGGGAUAUAUUUGGCCGGGAACAAGACAUGAUGGAGAUAGUGAAACUGUUGUUGGAUGAUGAUGGUGAUUUAUCUGUGAUUCCCAUUGUUGGCCUGCGUGGAAUAGGAAAGACUACUUUGGCCCAAUGUGUUUACAACAACCCGAUGGUGAAGGAGAGUUUUGAUAUUCUAGCUUGGGUUUGUGUGUCAGAAGAGUUUGAUGUUGUCAAGAUCACCAAGGUUAUAAUCGAGGCAAUAACUAGGAGUUCUUGUAACUUGACAGAUUGGAAUUUACUUCAACUUGAUUUACAGGAAAGGUUCUGGGGGCGAAAGUUCUUUGUUGUCUUGGACGAUUUAUGCAAUGCAAAUUAUGAUAAGUGGAAUACGUUUCUAAAACCUUUUAAAGAAGGGGUUAAGGGAAGUAAAAUUCUCGUAACUACCAGAAGUGAAAUGGUGGCUUCUAUGGUGCAAACUGUUCCAUCUUACCAACUAAGUUUAUUGUCUGAUGAAGAUUGUUGGUCGGUGUUUGCGAAACAAGCAUAUGAUUCAACUGAUGAUUUAGUUAAGAAUCCAACCUUGGAAAAAAUCCGCAGAGAUAUCAUAAAGAAGUGUGAUGGAUUGCCCUUGGUAGCUCAAGCUCUUGGAAGCUUAUUGCGUGUAAAUUCCAAUGUCAAGUAUUGGAAUCAUUUCCUGAAGAGUGAGAUCAAAGUUAUUCCAGAGUUAACAAUCAGUUAUUAUAUUCUUCCUUCAUAUUUGAAGGAGUGCUUUGUUUAUUGUUCCUUGUAUCCCAAGGGCUAUGAAUUUAGCAAAGAUGAAUUGAUAUUGUUAUGGAUGGCAGAGGAUCUUUUGCAACCAGGACAAAAAAAGACUAUGGAAGAAGUUGGUGAUGACUAUUUUGAUGAAUUAGUUGUGAGAUCAUUUUUCCAACCUCAUAGUACUCGUGAAAAUAUAUUUGUGAUGCAUGAUCUCAUUCAUGAUUUAGCAGUGUCUCUUGCCGAAAAAUUCUAUUUCAGAGCUGAAGAGCUUCAAAAUGUAGAUGAGGUUGAUAUUAAAACUCGCCAUUUGUCGCAUAAUGCCAAAGGCAAUUAUUCAAUGUCAAAACUUUUGGGACUUUGUGAUAAAGUGAAACAUACAAGGACAUUUCUCGAAAUCAAUUUAGAGUCACAGAUACCGUUUAACAUGAAAAAUGCACCUUCUAUCUUGUUGUCACAGUUGAAGUGCUUGAGAACUUUGUCGUUCAAACGCUUUCCUCUUGAGUCACUGCCUGAUUCAAUAGGUGAGUUGAUUCAUUUGCGUUACUUGGAUUUGUCUGAGACCUACAUUGGGACAUUGCCCGAGACCUUUGGUAAUUUGUACAAUUUGCAGACCUUGAAGUUGUCUGGCUGUAGAAAUCUGAAAAUGCUUCCUGCUGGCUUAACAAAUCUUGUAAAUUUGCGUCAUCUUGAUAUUAGAGGGACUUACUUGCAUGAGAUGCCAAAAGGUAUGGGCAAAUUGAAAAGUUUGCAGCUUUUACUUACCCUUAAAACCACACCAGAACCCAACCCUGGUUUUCAAGGCACUAGCACUGUAAGUGAGAUUGAAGAAAUCCCUCAUGAACCAUUGAUGGAAACCAAAUCUGCAGUAAGCAGAUUUCCUCUUGGUUCUUCUUCAGAUACAUCAGGGUCCCCAGAGCCAAAGGAGACUUCCUCAGCCAUGCUUAGUCAUCAAGUUGAAGCUGAACCGGACUCACAAUCUUCAAUGGGUAAAACUGAUAUUCCAAUCACCACUCAAGCAGCUGUCAUUCCUCCAACCAAUACGCCUUCCACAACAGCUCCUUUCAAAGCAGAAACUCUGUCCAGUGAAGAAGCAGGUGAGCAGCGAUCAUCCUUUAAAGUACUAAAGGUUUCAACUGUAUCACAAUUGAAGUCAUUGCCGCCCAUGCUGCACACCCUGAAAAUUGAAGGGUGCGAGUCCUUGGAGGCCAUACCCAAUGAUUUACUAGCAGGAUUAACUGCUCUUAAGGAGUUGUAUCUCAUCGGUUGUGGUUCUCUUACAUCCCUCCCUUCCCUUGGUUCUGUGACAGUACUUUACAUACAAAACUGCAGAAGGUUGGAGAAUCUGUCAUCUCCUGAAUCAAAAAUUGCCUUUCUCCACCAACUGUCCAUAGGGAGUAGUUGUGAUUCUGUCACUACUUUGCCCUUAAAUAUCUUCUGUCAACUCAAAAGUCUUUGCAUAUGGGAUUGCCCCAAUCUUGCAACUUUCCAUUUUAGGGGGGAGCCUAGAUGUGAUCUUACAUCUCUCGAGUCACUAGAGAUUAGAGAUUGCCCAAAAUUGAAAUCUUUCCCAGUGGAAGGACUACAUGCUCCAAGUCUGGUAUCCAUUUUACUUUCGAAUUGUGAGUCUCUUGAAAAAUUGCCUAAUGCUAUGGACUCCCUCAUAUCUCUCAAGUCACUAUUUUUACAUAGAUGUCCACAAAUUAAAUCUUUCCCUCCUAGGGGCUUGCCUUCAGGUUUAGUUUUUCUAUCAAUAGCUUUUUGUGACAAACUUAAACCGCAAAAGGAUUGGGGGCUACAUAAUCUCAAAUCUCUCAGUCGAUUUGAGCUUGAAGGUGGAUGCAUCGGCAUGGAGUCAUUUCCAGAGGAGAACUUGCUUCCUUUCAAUAUUGAUUCUCUGUCUAUAAGCAUGUUGAAGCAUCUCAAAAAGCUGGACAACAAGGGGUUUCGACACCUGAAUUCUCUUCGAUCACUUGAAAUCCAUUGCUGUAAGAUGCUUCAGUCCUUACCUGAUGAAGGAUUUCCUUCUUCCCUAGAGCAUCUUUGUGUCCAGGAAUGUUCCUUAUUGACUCCAAGGCUUAAAUCCCUGACUGGGGAUGAAUUGCACAAGAUGGCCCAUAUCCAACACGUCCAAAUUGAUGGCCAAGUACUCUACUGAGGUUGGAAGCAGUGAAGCACCUACUGGCCUAUACAGCAAAACUAGGUACCACAACUAGUUUUCAAUUGAGGUAGCUUCAGUUCUGUCAUUGGGUUGUCUUCCCAACCUUAAUGGUUGAGUUAACUGUCAAGAUGGGAACACUACUCAGAGUCAUGGCGACAGGAAGAGGAUGAGGAAGUGCUGGGGUAGACUCAGUGUAUGUCAAAAAGCAGGAGUGCUGGUACUUAGAUUAAACCAUCUUAAGUUCUUUACAUUCAUGGUGAUGAUGCCGGAUUGCAGGCACCAGUUGCGUGAGUCUUCUGUAAUAUCCUUUGAUCUUGUACUAAAUGUAUAUGCUUUCUUCUGUGCUUAGUGUCGUUUACUUGUACUCUCUCUCUCUCUCUCUCUCUCUCUCUCUCUCUCAUUUUUGUUUUAUGAGCAAAUACUCUGUUGAGGGGUUAAAUGGCCAAGCUAGGCAUUAAGGUUAGUGGUUUAUUUAUAAUAGUAACAGAAGCACAAGUGCUUUAUAUUCUGUAAAUCUCUUUCUAUGAAUUUUCUGCAUGGAACUAAGAGAAUGUGCUAGUUUAAUGCCUAUCUCUAUAAAACUGUAUAAAAUGUUGCCUGAAAUCUGAAUUUGUACUCAUAUCUUGUUAAGGAAUUGAAUAUUAG